GCUGUAAUCACGCCCUGUUUGUAACCAGCAUCCUCCGCUCGAGCCCGUCGGUGUGGUCAGCGCUGAUGUCGGACAUGGUGUGAGGCGCGGAUCGGUGUCGGGUGAAGAUGCCGGGCUGCUGCGGGCGCUGGCGGCGCUGGAUUCGGCCGCUGGUCGCGCUCCUGUUCGUGCUCGUGCUCGCGGUGGCGCUGCCGCUGUGCGUGUGGGAGCUGCGGAGAGCCGAGGUGGGCACACACACUAAAGCAUGGUUCAUCGCAGGUGUGUUUGUGUGUUUGACAAUCCCCAUUUCACUGUGGGGAAUCUUACAACAUCUUGUUCACUACACACAACCUGAGCUACAGAAACCCAUCAUCAGGAUUCUCUGGAUGGUUCCCAUAUACAGCUUAGACAGCUGGAUCGCAUUAAAAUACCCCAAGAUUGCGAUUUACGUGGACACGUGUCGGGAAUGCUAUGAGGCGUACGUCAUCUACAACUUCUUGAUGUUCCUGCUAAACUUCCUGGAGAAUCAGUAUCCCAGUCUGGUGCUCAUGCUGGAGGUGCAGGAACAGAGACCCCUGCUGCCCCCUUUCUGCUGCUGCCCGCCCUGGGCAAUGGGAGAGGUUCUAUUGUUCAGAUGUAAGCUUGGAGUUCUGCAGUACACAGCAGUGAGACCUGUGACCACCAUCAUCGCACUUGUGUGUCAGCUGUGUGGAGUUUAUGAUGAAGGUAAUUUCAGCUUCAGAAACGCAUGGACGUACCUUGUCAUCGUCAACAACGCCUCACAGCUGUUUGCGAUGUACUGCCUGCUGCUGUUCUACCGAACGCUGAGAGAAGAGCUGAAGCCCCUGAGACCCGUCGGCAAGCUGCUGUGCGUCAAACUCGUCGUCUUUGUGUCCUUCUGGCAGGCUGUGCUGAUCGCUCUGCUGGUGAAGGUCGGAGUGAUUUCAGACAAACACACCUGGGAGUGGGACAGUGUGGAAGCUGUAGCCACGGGAUUACAGGACUUCAUCAUCUGUCUGGAGAUGUUUCUGGCAGCGAUCGCUCAUCACUACAGUUUUAGCAGUCGUCCAUACGUACGUGAGGAUGAUGAAGGCUCGUGCUUCGACUCGCUGCUCGCCAUGCUGGACGUCUCAGACAUACGCGCCGACAUUGCAGAGCAAGUCCGCAACGCUGGCCGUACGGUGUUCGGACGUCCCCGUAAGCUGUUCUUCGGCUCUGAAGUGGAUGUCGUUCAGGGUGAACACACCGGUCUCCUCGCUGGGACGUCCCACGAGCGGCUCGCCACUGACCGCCACUCAGUACCCGCCUCCCCGCAGGGGCGGUACCAGGGGCUGGGCUACACAGACACGCCCCACUCAGUCUCCGCCCCCGCCGGCUUCACAUCCUCCUCCUGGGAGAGUGACAGCGACUCGGGGCCUGCGACAGCCAAUCAGAACACAGGAACAGAGUCCUAGCAAACGGUGCGGUGAGGCUACAGGAAAAGACACUCAGACGUACAGUCAAGUACAUACAAAAAUUAUUCAAAAUAAUCUGUCUAAAUAAAAGCUUUAUGAAGUAAAACGGCAUUUUAUUUAGCAAAGCUACUGGAACCAAUGUUAUCGUGUUAUUAUUUAUAUACUGUAGUUAUUUUUUAUUAAUAUUUUAAAUAAGCUUUCAUUUUUAUAUUUUGAGAUUAAUUUCAAAUUUUUGUUUAUUAUUUAGAAAUUUUAUGUGCUUGUCAUUAUUUGUUUUUCUUUUUAUUUUCAAGUUAGCAAUUUUAGUGCUUCAACUUUCAUUUCUAAUUUUUACUUUAAAUUUAAUGUAAAUAUAUAUAUUUCAUUUUAUUUAAGCUUUAUUUUUUAUUAACAAAAAUGUUUCUAAUAGUUUUAGUUUUUGAUAAUAACCCUGACUGAAACCCUGCAUUUGUUCUGAUUUUUAUUAUAAAUUAUGAUUUUAUUAUUAAUUUGUUUUAAAAUGAUUAUCAUUAUUAUUAUAUUGUUUCAUAAAAGUGUCAGAAACAUAAAUCCCAGAAACGCCCAGCCUUCCAACACUAGGUGACACUAUAGUACAAACAUUUUUGUUGUUUUUAAAAUGCCAAAAAACGUGUGCUUGAGAGCUGUUAUUCUGUGCAAGUAUUGUAAAUGGCGUGUUAUGUUUUAAAUCAGUCACUAAUAAUAUAAAAGUGCUGGUCUGGUCUAUAUAUUGUUGUGGGGCUCAAGAGUGACAGCUUUAAUGUUGAUAAUCAUUAUGAACAUGUCACAUGUGUGAAUAAUAUAUUCUUUCUCCAUUAAACCGCUGAUAUUGUUCUUUUACAUGACAUCACGCAUAGACACAUACAUAUACACCACAAAUGGAGUUUUAAUUCACCACCAGGGGGCAAAGUAACAUUACAAAGGCUUAAAAACAAACCACAUUUCUGUUGUUCUCCUCGUGACUGAUUGUUCUGUAAAAAUAUGUGUACAAAACUUUACAUUGACAUCAUAACAGGUCAUUAAACACUUUUAAAAUCA